UUACUUCACACAUGUCACAUAAAACCCUGGCUAAAACCCCACAAUAAGUCUUGCCUGACUGCUGUAACUGCUGCCCCAUCGCUUAAUCGUCUUCACCCUCUCAAGCUGGCGGCUGUUUGAUUUUGCGUCAAAUUCCUCGAGCAGAAAAUAGAAGACAAAUGGCGGGGCUUGUACCUCCAGGUCCUACGACGGUUCCAGCCGGCGAAUCCAAAAAAGCUGAGGAGAAAACGGAUUUCAUGAAUCUCCCUUGCCCUAUUCCUUUUGAAGAGCUCCACCGCGAAGCUCUCAUGUCUUUGAAGCCAGAAGCUUUUGAAGGAUUGCGAUUUGAUUUCACCAAAGGACUAAAUCAGAAAUUCUCACUCAGUCACAGUGUGUAUAUGGGCCCAACAGAAAUUCCUUCUCAAUCUGCUGAAACCAUUAAAAUUCCUACUGCUCACUAUGAAUUUGGUGCCAAUUUUAUUGACCCAAAUUUGAUGCUUAUUGGGAGGGUGCUGACUGAUGGUAGGCUCAAUGCAAGAGUGAAAUGGGAUUUGACUGACAAUCUUACUGUGAAGGCUAAUGCCCAGCUCUCAAAUGAGCCUCAUAUGUCACAUGGCAUAGUCAACUUUGAUUACAAGGGUAAAGACUACAGGUCUCAGUUUCAAAUGGGAAAUGCUGCCUUAUUUGGAGCUAGUUAUAUCCAGAGUGUGACACGACAUUUAUCCUUGGGUGGUGAAGUAUUUUGGGCUGGUCAGCACCGAAAGUCAGGCAUUGGAUAUGCUGCCCGAUAUGAAACAGAUAAGAUGGUUGCCACAGGGCAAGUUGCAAGUACUGGAGUAGUUGCUUUGAGCUAUGUUCAGAAGGUAUCUGAGAAGGUUUCUCUCGCGUCAGAUUUCAUGUAUAACUACAUAACAAGAGAUGUAACAUCAAGUGUUGGAUAUGAUUACAUCCUUAGACAGUGUCGAUUGAGGGGGAAGAUUGAUUCGAAUGGAUGCGCAGCUGCUUAUCUGGAAGAGCGGUUAAAUAUGGGCCUAAAUUUUAUUCUCUCCGCGGAGAUAGAUCAUAGGAAGAAAGACUACAAAUUUGGAUUUGGAUUGACUGUAGGGUGAUUCAGUUUCCACAUAAAAGAAGUCACCUUUUAGCAUCUGGUUGAAGAUUAAAGAAUUGAAUUUUUGUACUGGAAACUGAUUUUUUUUUCUUUUGGGGGGGGGGGGGGUGCGGGGGCAGCAGCAGCUGUUGGAGCAAUCAAUUUCCCUGGUUUAAACUGUUGGGGUUUUCACUUUAGAGCUGUAGCAUUUGUCAAAUUAUUCUAUAAAUUCAUAAUGGAUAGGCUUUACCAAACAGCUCCAUGAACCAUUCUUGCCAUGCCUGACCUGGUUGAGAAUUGAGAGGGAGGAAUUGGAAAUUAAACGUUUAGUACUGUAUUUGCCCUUAAAAUAUUCGAACAUAUAAAAAAUCCGUUUAAAAUUUGAUCUAGGCUGUCUUUUUCGUGUUUGAUGAGUUAUUGGGAAUUGUAAAUUGAUUAUCAUAUGAGUGAGGUUGAUAGGUCAGUUCAGGGACCACUUGAGCUUAGCUCAGGUGAUGAUGAUAAGAGUGAGAUGCAGAUUGGAUAGAGAUCCUAAGGUUUGGGCCCUAUUGCUCUCUCUUCUGACCAAAAGACAAAAGGGUCACUUAAAACUGAUUUUGGAGUUUAAUCCCCUUCUAAUAUUCUUUUAAGUUGAAUCUGAUGGGAUUUUACAUCUCAAAUGGAAUGAAAGUCUGGGUAUUUGCUUUAUUAAAUGGUUUUACUUUUGGCUCGGAUAAAACUCAAUUGGCCCAAUGCAAUUGAGUUUUUAGUCAAAAACAAGAGGUGGAAGUUAGUUCAACUUUGGAAAGAUCAACUGCCUACUUUGCUGGAGGUGGUUUUUUCAUGCUAGGCAAUGGUAAGUGUCAA